AUGGCCUCCACUGCCCAUGCCUACGGGGCAGACCCGGAAGAUAUGACGGACAAAGCUAUCUACAUGACCAAUGUCACUGGAGACACUGAGAAAGAUGCUGUGUCGCCUGAAUUCGAGGAGGCGGCCGAGUUUAUGGAGGUCAGGGACUUGAAGCAGGGUCUUCAGCAACGGCAUAUUCAGAUGAUUGCCCUGGCUGGCACCAUCGGAACCGGUCUUUUCUUGAGUUCUGGUAACGCGCUCGCCACCGGUGGUCCUUUGGGAGCGUUCUUGGGAUAUACUUUGACUGGGAUCAUCGUCGCUGGGGUCGUCCUAUCGGUUGCUGAACUGAGCGCCCUGAUUCCCCUCUCUGGAGGCGUCAUCCGUCACGCUGAAUACCUCGUCGAUCCUGCCCUCUCCUUCGCCAUCGGCUGGAACAAAGUCUACUCGGCUCUCGUCACCAUCCCCGCCGAGAUCACUGCUGCUGCUGUCAUCGUUUCGUUCUGGAAGGAAAUCAACAAUGCCGUCUGGAUCAGCGUGUUUGGGGCGUUGCUCUUUGCCGCCAAUAUGUUCCUCGUCCGGAUCUACGGAGAGCUUGAAUUCACCUUUGCCAUCUUGAAGAUCCUGCUCAUUGUCGGCCAGAACAUUAUGGCCUUGGUAAUCACCUGCGGCGGCGGCCCGAACCAUGAGACCUACGGCUUCCGAUACUGGCGCCAUCCAGGCCCCUUCGUGCAGUAUCUUGGUAUCGGCGGGUCCCUGGGUCGCUUCCUGGGUUUCUGGAGCACCUUUAACAAUGCCGCGUAUGCUUACGGUGGUAUGGAUGAUAUCACCGUCGUUGCAUCCGAGACGAAGGCUCCCCGACGGAACAUCCCCAAGGCCGCAAAGAGAAUCUUUGUCCGGGUGCUUCUGUUCUACAGUGUCUCCAUCUUCAUGGUGACUCUCCUCGUGGCGUCCGACGACCAGGCAUUGCUGGAUCCCACAAAAUCGGGAACUGCUGCGCAGUCGCCGUUUGUCAUCGCGGCCGAGAGAGCAGGAAUCCAUGCCGUUCCGUCCAUUAUCAACGUGGUUGUUUUGACGAGUGCUUGGAGUGCGGGCAAUGAAAGUUUGCUCGGCGGCUCUCGAAUCCUCUACGGCCUCGCCCAGCACGGCCAUGCCCCCAGGUUCUUCCGCCGCACUAACCGCUUCUCCAUCCCCUACGUCUGCGUCAUGUUCGUCGGAAUCUUCGUUUGUCUGGGCUACAUGACGCUCAGCGACAGCGCCUCGACCGUCUUCACCUGGUUUCAGGACCUGGUGUCAUCAGCCAUCCUGAUGGGCUGGACCAUUAUCUGCAUCGUGUACCUGCGCUUCUACUACGCCAUGAAGAAACAGGGCAUUUCCCGUGAUGAGCUGCCGUGGAAGUCGCCCUUCCAGCCGUAUAUGUGCUGGGCUUGUUUCUUCAUGUUGGCUAUUAUUUUGUUGACGGGUGGCUAUACUGUUUUUAUCCAUCAUCAUUGGGACUCUGAAACCUUUAUCAGCGCCUACCUGGAUCUCGUCAUCGUUCCUGUCCUCUACGUCGGAUACAAGAUCGUCUACCGGACAAGGAUUAUCCCCCUGGACGAGGUUCCUGUGCGUCGGUUCAUUGAGAUUGCGAACCGUAACCCGGAGCCACCGGAGAAGCCGAAGAAGGGCCUGCACAAGCUCAACAUUCUGUGGUCUUGA